AUGUCAAUUGGGAAGACAAUGUUGGGUCGACGACAUGUCCAGCCUGAUGUCCUGACCACCCUUCAUACAAUCCAGGUGGAAGGCACAUUCAAGACGGGUACUUACCUCGUCACUGUGCAUGACCCCAUUGCUUCGGAUGACGGCGAUCUCGAGAAAGCCUUGUAUGGAAGCUUUCUGCCCGUUCCCUCAAAAGAUGCUUUCCCACUGGCUGAUGUGGGCGAGUAUGAGACAAAGAAUCAACCCGGUGCUGUCAUCACCGCGAAGGAGGGAAGAAUUGUACUCAAUGAAGGUCGAAAGAGGAUCAAACUCAAAGUCACCAGCAAGGGCGAUAGACCAAUUCAGGUUGGAUCACACUAUCACUUCAUCGAGACAAACCCUCGCCUCGAAUUUGACCGAAUCAAAGCAUACGGCUUUCGCUUAGAUAUUCCAGCCGGAACCUCAAUUCGAUUUGAACCUGGUGAUACCAAGACGGUCAGCCUCGUUGAGAUAGCAGGAAACAAGACGAUUCAUGGUGGCAACAAUCUUGCUUCGGGUGUCGUCGAUAUAUCUCGAGCUGACGACAUCUCUCGCAAGCUACAGGAAGCUGGCUUUGCUAACGUCCCUGAACCAGCUGGGGAUCUGGGGCACAUUGAUGUCGCCUCAAUGACAAGAGCAGAUUAUGCUACCAUGUUUGGGCCUACAACUGGUGAUUUGGUGAGACUGGCCAACUUGGACCUCUGGAUUCAGGUCGAGAAGGAUUUGACAUCUUACGGCGAAGAGUGCAAGUUCGGCGGUGGUAAAACCAUCCGCGAAGGCAUGGGACAGGCGUCUAAUCGGAAAGAUGAAGACGUUCUUGAUACUGUCAUUACCAAUGCAUUGAUCGUCGAUUGGAGCGGUAUCUACAAAGCUGACAUUGGCAUCAAGAAUGGCUUCAUCUCAGGCAUAGGUAAAGCAGGCAAUCCGGACACCAUGAAUGGCGUGACCCCAAAUAUGAUUGUCGGCAAUGGCACUGAGGUCAUCGCCGGAGAAGGUUCAAUAAUUACAGCCGGUGGCAUCGAUUCGCAUAUUCAUUUCAUUUGUCCCCAGCAGGCAUACGAAGCACUUUCGUCUGGUAUCACUACCCAUCUCGGCGGCGGUACUGGUCCCUCGGCUGGAACAAGUGCAACAACGUGCACUCCUGGAAAGUGGUAUAUGAAGAAUAUGCUUCAGGCUCUCGAUCACCUUCCUAUCAAUUUUGGAGUCACAGGGAAGGGCAAUGAUAGUUCUCCUGUUGCUCUGCGUGAGUCGGCCGAAGCAGGGGCAUGUGGGUUGAAGCUACACGAAGAUUGGGGCACGACACCUGCGGCGAUCGAUUCAUGUUUGUCUGUCUGCGACGAAUAUGAUAUCCAGUGUCUGAUUCACACCGACACUUUGAAUGAGUCCGGGUUCGUGGAACAAACUAUCGCCGCGUUCAAGGGACGCGCAAUCCACACAUAUCACACGGAGGGAGCUGGUGGCGGUCACGCACCGGACAUCAUCAGCGUGGUCGAGCACGAUAAUGUACUGCCCUCGUCCACCAACCCAACCAGACCUUUCACCCGCAAUACACUUGACGAGCACCUUGACAUGCUGAUGGUCUGCCACCACCUGUCCAAGAACAUUCCAGAGGACGUUGCGUUUGCAGAAUCACGCAUCCGUGCUGAAACAAUCGCGGCAGAAGACGUCUUACACGAUCUCGGAGCCAUUUCCAUGAUUUCCUCCGAUAGCCAGGCCAUGGGCCGCUGUGGAGAGGUCGUCUUGCGGACAUGGAACACGGCGAAUAAAAAUAAGCAGCAACGAGGCUAUCUCCCUGAAGACGAGGGUACAGGCGCGGACAAUUUCAGAGUCAAGCGGUACGUCAGUAAGUAUACGAUAAAUCCGGCGAUUACGCAAGGAUUCUCCCACAUCAUCGGGAGUGUUGAGGUGGGCAAGUUGGCCGAUUUGGUCAUCUGGAGGCCGGCUCUGUUUGGCACGAAGCCGAGCACGAUCAUCAAGGGCGGAAUGAUCGUUAGUGCAAUGAUGGGCGACCCCAAUGCUUCCAUCCCAACAGUCGAGCCGGUGAUCUCACGCACGCAAUUUGCGGCAUUCGUGCCCUCGACAUGUGUCACAUUCGUAUCCCAGGCAUCCAUCACUUCAGGCACUGUGCCAUCGUAUAACCUCGCGAAACGCGUCGAAGCCGUCAAGAACACGCGCAACAUCGGUAAAAAGGACAUGAAGUUCAACCAUGCCAUGCCCAAGAUGAAGGUCGAUCCUGAGCGUUAUAUCGUCGAGGCGGAUGGGGUCGAGAUGAAAGCUGAGCCAGCGGAGACGGUGCCCUUGGGUCAAGGGUUCUUCCUUUAUUGA